AUGUCAUCGGUAGAAGAAAUCGCUCGAAAACAAGUGACGGGGAACCUCGGUUCUCAUUUAUCACCACUUAUUCUUGGUAUGGCGGUAGAUGGUUUACUCAUGGGAGUAGCGAUCAACCAAUUUAUAAGAUGGUGGAAUCAUUCGAAGAAGGAAGCUAGACAUAUAAGGUUUUUACUUUACCUAGCAUCAUUCGGUGCUAUCUGCGCAACGAUCUUUACAUGGGCAACCACAUUACACAUGUUCUCAUAUAGUUAUGGAUCAUAUUCUCAAUUUAUCAAAUGCGAUUGGAUAGCAUGGUAUGGUAUCUUAGAUCCAUUGACUAAAAUCAGUAUACAGGCAUUCUACGCUGAAAGAGCAUGGAGAAUCAAUAAACGAAAUUAUGUCAUCUUAAUUGCCAUUGGGAUUUGUCUGUGUUUAUCAGUGACUGGCUCAGUGGGAUAUACCUUCAUAACUAGAACAAAGACUAUGAAUGAUUUCGAUAUGACUGCCAACAUAUUCUUCUAUCUAUGGCCCGGAGCAUGUAUCUCAGCCGAUCUCAUUAUCACCUCUUCAAUCAUGUAUGGUCUCUAUCAUUCUCGAUCAGGUAUAGAUCAUACCGACAGAUUAGUCAAAAGGUUAAUGAGGAUCUCACUCGAAGCUCAAGUCCCGCCUACCCUCGUCGCUUUAUUAUUUUUCUUGCAAUUUGCUGCAGAGUCAAUGUCAAGUAUCGUACAAUUCAUUGCGAUCAUCCACCCCAAGGUUUAUUUAGUGGGCUGUUUGGCCGUACUCAACAGUAGAGAAGAUCUUCGAAAUGAUCGUAAAACAUCUUACGUCUAUGCUUCCGGAGGAUCAUAUGGACCUUCCAGUUCUGAGUCGAGUUCGAAAGGUCUUACGAAGAUGCAGGCUAGUGGUGGUAUCAUAGUUGAAACGGAAACGUAUAUUUGUUCUGACGGAGGAUUGGUAGUCCCACGUCCAGGACUUAAUAGGUCUUUCUCAGAUAUCAAGGAUACUUCCAUAGCUGGUUCGGACGAAACACAUGCCCCUGACGCUGAGGCUAUAGCGUUGGCUGAGACUGGUGCGCUGGGUACGCCACUGGAAUUCGAAGUGAAAUUGCAAUAA